AUGGUUUUAAAUGCAAACCGGGCAUCCGUACGUUGUUGCGUUAUUUUGCUAAAUGCUUUUAACUUUUUCGUUUUUGUUUUUAAGUACGCCCCCGAAACGCUUUGCCCAAAAAGGGUUAAAGCGCUUUAUAUAUUUAAAAAAGUUAAGCAUAAGCGUAAGGCCUUGUAUUUUAAAAACGUUUUUAAUUUUGGCUUAAAUAAAGAUCGUUUGGAAUUUCGGAAACCAUUAGUUAAUAUUUGUAGUGCUGGCGGCCUUUUUAAACGUAUUGCGGUAUUUUUAAAAAAUUAUUUAAAUUUUUAUUAUGGAAGU